AUGCCCGGCUCAUCCAGACUGCCUAUUAGCCUGCGCGACACCCUCCGCGCGCAGUCGGGCGCCGCGCGGGGCCGGCUGCUCGCGCUCAACAUCGACGUGUUCCGCAACAUAAUCUUCUUCCUCUUCCUCCUCCGCUGGACACGCCGCGCCUUCUACCAGCUGCGCGGCCGCGGCGUCGCCGGCUCCAUCGUCGACGCGUACGUCGCCGCCCGCCGCACCCUCUAUGGCAUCUUCCUCCGCCUGCCCGGCGUGCGCACCAAGGUGCAGACGCAGAUCGCCGAGUCGCUGCUGAAGCUGGAGCGGCGGCUUGUACCCACUGGACCCGGGGUGGAGCGUACGGUGGCGCUUCCGACGGAGGGGUGGAGCGAGGACCGGGUGCGGGCGGCGUUGCAGACGAUGGAGGGUAUGGAGCAUACGCGGUGGGAGGACGGGCGGGUGAGCGGUGCGGUGUAUCAUGGCGGGGAGGCGUUGCUGCGGCUACAGACGGAGGCGUUUGGGAAGUUUACCGUGGCGAAUCCGAUUCAUCCGGAUGUUUUUCCGGGCGUGAGGAAGAUGGAGGCGGAGGUUGUGGCAAUGGUCUUGUCGCUGUUUAAUGCGCCGGAGGGUGCUGCAGGCGUUACGACGAGUGGUGGGACGGAGUCGAUUCUUAUGGCUUGUUUGAGCGCGAGGCAGAAGGCGUUUGUUGAGAGGGGGGUGACGGAGCCAGAAAUGAUUCUCCCAGAAACAGCCCACACAGCCUUCCGCAAGGCCGCUGAGUACUUCAAGAUCAAGAUCCACCUCGUGGCCUGCAAAGCACCGCAUUACAAAGUCCAUCUGCCCUCCGUAUCCCGUCUCAUCAACCCAAACACCAUCCUCCUCGUGGGCUCUGCGCCCAACUUCCCCCAUGGCAUCAUCGACGACAUCUCCGGGCUAUCGCGGCUCGCGCUGCGCAAGAAACUCCCUCUCCACGUUGACUGCUGUCUAGGCUCCUUCCUCGUCCCAUUGCUCGCCAAAGCCGGCUUCGAGACCGAGCCCUUCGACUUCCGCCUCAAAGGCGUCACCAGCAUCAGCUGCGACACGCACAAGUACGGCUUCGCGCCCAAGGGUAACAGCACCGUGCUCUACCGCUCCGACGCGCUCCGCAAGUACCAGUACUUCAUCUGCGCCGACUGGUCUGGCGGCGUUUACGCCUCGCCCUCCAUUGCUGGAUCACGCCCUGGCGCGCUCAUCGCAGGCUGCUGGGCGUCCCUUGUCCAGCAAGGCGAGAGCGGCUACGUAGACUCGUGCCACAAGAUUGUGGGUGCGGCUAAGAAGAUCGAGUCUACGAUCCGUGAAGACCCGAAUCUCGCUACUGAUCUCAAGGUUAUCGGCCGCCCGCUAGUGUCGGUCGUUGCGUUUUUGUCGAAUUCCCUGGAUAUUUACGAUGUUGCGGAUGGUAUGGGCGAGAAGGGGUGGCACCUUAACGCGUUGCAGAAUCCGCCGGCGAUUCAUGUCGCUGUGACGCUACCUAUUGUAGUCGCUGCAGACAAGCUAAUUUCGGAUCUGGUGGAGGUGGUUGAGGAGGUUAGGGAGAAAGAGCGGAAGCGAGUCGCGGAAGGUAAGGGGAAGAAGGGCGCUGUGAAAGGUGAUGCAGCGGCGCUUUAUGGGGUUGCGGGGAGUCUGCCGAAUAAGAGUGUGGUGGUGGAUUUGGCGAAGGGGUUCUUGGACACGUUGUAUAAAGCGUGAGGAUAUACUGCUGUUAGUAUUUUAGCGUUUAUAAUAUUAGCGAGGUUGUUCUGUGGUGGGUUUGUGUGCAUGUUGUUUUUGAAUCGCCAUCGCGCUGUCUCUUGUUCCCGUGUUCCACAUACUGGUAGUUUCUAGGUGAAUCUGGGGAGGUCGAGUAGGUUUGAAGGCUGAUAGAAAUAUGGGAAGAACUGUGCUUGGCAUU